AUGUCUGUCAUGUGGGUAGAUGCUGGAGUACUGUCUGUCAUGUGGGUAGAUGCAGGAGUGCCGUUUGUCAUGUGGGUAGAUGCUGGACUUAUGUCUGUCAUGUGUGUAGAUGCUGGAGCGUUGUCUGUCAUGUGGAUCCGUGUGAGUCAAGUCCAUGUGAGAAUAGCGCUGUGUGUAGGACAUGGGACCACUAACUAUACCUGCGCCUGUCGUGAUGGCUACUUUGGGAGGAACUGUGAAAAGUGGAUUUGUGCAACAUUGUACAGAGAAGUUAACAAUUACAACUUGUGUGGGGUGUUCACAAGUUCUGGUGUUUGUGUUGGUAAAAUCGCCAACGGGGAGCUGUGUCAAUGUCCAGAUACCCACUGGGGCCCUAUGUGUAACCUGCCUACUCAAGGCGAGAACAAAACUCUGGCACUAUGCCAAAGACAAAAACAACUUUUCAGCACGACCGUCAAGCUCAUCAACGAAUCCGACGUCACAGACAGUUCCAUUUCUCUUUUACGCACCCUCACUAAUAUCUCGCACCUGAAGUCCGUGCUUCACGAGAUGAACCUGUCGUAUCUGCCGGUGCGCACGUGCACGUCUGACGGUAGCUUUGCCGCCUCACAGUGUGACGUCAGCAUUGAUGACCUUGCUACCUGGAAAUGUUACUGUGCAGAUACAGAGACGGGGGUGGCGUUAUGCAAGGUCACGAUAGGGUCAAGGACGUCCUCAAACAGAAGCUGUGAAUGUGACUGUGAGUACUGGCAGUGCAUCCAAUGGAAAUUAGUUGAUAAUGCAUAAUUCAAAUACUUUCCU